CCGCACGGGUCUAACCGGAGCCCUCCCCGCUGCCCAACCUUGCGCCCAAGCAGCGAAGCGGUUAAUUCGCUCCGCAGGACCCAGCCCGCCCUGCCAGGCGGUCCUCCCCGGGUUUUCCUCCCUCCUCCCCACCUCCGCGGGCAGCCCGGGGCCGGCGGGGCGGGGAGCGGCAUGCGGGCGGCCGUGCCUUCGCUGCCCGCCGUACUGUGCGGCUCGGCCGGGCUCCUGCUGCUGCUGCUGCGAUGGCGGCGCUGGAGGGGGCUCUGGAGGAAGGUGAAGGAGGCUCGGGAGAGGCAGGAGAGAGGCUUGGAGCAGAUGGACAAGGCUGUGCGCGCCUUUCGGCAGCAGCAUCCCUCGGUGAACAUGGUCUCCAUCCUCUCUCUGUCUUUGCCGGAGCUCUCCAAGAAAAUCCAGGAUGGUUCCCUCCCUCCGGAGCACGUCUUCUAUGCCUACGUGGGCAAGGCCCUCCAGAUCGCCAGAGAAACAAACUGCAUCACGGAGUACAUGCAGGAAAGCGAGAUCCAGCUCCAGCACACAAAGCCUGGGGAGAAGAAGGGUUUGCUCUAUGGGGUGCCUGUCAGCAUCAAGGACUCCAUCAACUGCCAGGGCCAUGACUCCACGCUGGGGUUUGUGAAAAACAUCGAUAAGCCCGUGGCAGAGGACAGCGUGCUGGUGCAGGUGCUCAAGAGACAAGGGGCAAUUCCAUUCGUGAAAACCAAUGUUCCCCAGUCCCUCAUCAGCUAUGAUUGCAAUAACUUAAUCUUCGGUCAGACGUGCAACCCUCUGCUCUACACCAGAACUCCUGGAGGCUCCUCUGGUGGAGAAGGGGCACUUAUAGGAGGAGGUGGGUCCAUCCUGGGCUUUGGCACGGAUGUAGGAGGGAGCCUGCGUUUCCCUGCUGCCUUCUGUGGGAUCUGUGCACUCAAACCCACCGGGAACAGACUCAGCAAAAAAGGAGUCAUUUCUGGUAUCUCAGGGCAGAAGUCAGUGACCGCGGCUGUGGGGCCAAUGGCGAAAGAUGUGGAGAGCCUGGCACUGUGCAUGCGAGCGCUUCUCUGCGAGGACAUGUUCAGUCUGGACAGCACUGUUCCUCCCCUUCCCUUCAAUGAAGAGGUGUAUUCCAGCACGCGGCCCCUCCGCAUAGGCUAUUACGAAACAGAUUUCUUCACCAUGCCGAGUCCUGCCAUGAGACGUGCCGUUCGGGAGACGAAGCAGCUCUUGGAGGAGGCUGGCCACACGCUGGUGCCCUUUGAACUUCCAGACAUGGACUAUUUGACUUUUAACUUCUGCUUCAGGGGAAUUUUUGCAGAUGGAGGUGUCUCCUUUCUCAAGAAAUUUGAAGGGGAGCUGGAGAAAGGCAGCUUCAGGAUAUUCUUCUGGUUGAUGAAGUUGCCAAACUGGCUAAAAACUCUCCUGUCCUGGAUUACCAAACCCUUUGUGCCUCGGUUGUCAAAUGUCAUAAGAAGUAUGAGAGCAAAUACAGUGGAAGAACUCUGGAGUCUUCAUCAUGAAAUUGAGGAGUCUUGCCACCAGUUCAUCACCCAGUGGAAAAGGCUGAAUCUGGAUGUGAUGCUGUGUCCCAUGCUGGGCCCAGCUCUCCGUAUUGGUUACCCAACAAAGCUCUCAGUGGCAGUCAGCUACACCAUGCUCUACAACUCCUUGGACUUCCCAGUUGGCGUCGUCCCUGUCACGAUGGCAACGGAUGAGGAUGAGAAGGAGCUGAAGAAUUACCAGGGCUAUUUCCGAGACUGGUGGGACCGGACCCUGGCAACGGCUUUUAGCAGUGCCGAGGGGAUGCCGGUGGCCGUGCAGUGCGUGGCCUUGCCAUGGCAGGAGGAGCUGUGCCUCCGGUUCAUGAAGGAAGUGGAGACGCUUGUCAUGAAGAAAAACAUGAUUGUCUGAGUCCUCACACUCACCCAGAGCAGGAUUUGAGCUAAGAGCGGUGCAAGCUGCCCUCACAUCCCACCUGCCCGCAGGACCGGCGUUCCCAUCCGUGAUGAUGUGCUGGUGGAUCGGGUGGCUGCCAGCUUUGGGGUGACUGGAAAAGUGAGAUGAGGUCAAGUGUUUCCACCAAUUGUCCCAAUACAGUGAUCUUUGUUAGCGGAAA